AUGGAUUCCGACGAUGAAAAUUUUCAGCACUUGGUCGAUGAAGAGUUCGAAGAACUCGUUGCAGCGGUGCAAGAUGAAGCCGACGAGAAGGAGGCGGCUUUGGCGGCGGCGGCGGCCAUCCCUCGGCCGAGAUACCGUCGCCGGUAUAUCAACAGUGACCAUGUCGGAGCCGACCAGUGGUUGAUGGAAGACUACUUCGGCGAUAACCCUCGUUAUACGCCGAAGAUUUUUCAUCGGCGAUUCAGAAUGUCGCAACGACUCUUCAUCCACAUUGCGGAUUGUUUGUCUCAGCGAUACAGGUGCUUCACCUUGUGGAGUGAUGCCACCGGUCGACCCGGAUUGUCGACAUAUCAGAAGUGCACGGCCGCAAUUAGGCAGCUUGGCUAUGCCGGGCCUACUGACAUGUUCGACGAAUAUCUACAGAUGGGCGAAACGACUGCCCUCAAGACGCUGAGGCAGUUUUGCAAGCGUAUCAAAGAACUCUUCAAAGGGGAGUACCUACGGAAACCGACGGCCGAGGAAUGCCAGAGACUGAUAAAUAUGCACGGGACUGUGCAUCAUUUUCCGGGCAUGAUGGGCAGCAUCGAUUGCAUGCACUAG